GAAACUGUUCCCAGUGAUUCAUACCUCAAGCUCCAGCAAGAGUCAGUCAUUCUCGCUAAACUCGAGCACAGGGAGAUUGAAUAAGAAAAGACACAGCGUGAAAUGUGAAAUGUCCAGUGUCUACAGAUGAACACUCUGAGCCUCUCUGGUAUUCUUCUCUUGUCCGGUUCGUGUCCGGUUUCUUUUCUUUGCCUUGCAAACACAGGAGCUCUUUAUGAAGUCCAUGUGCACGGGGACGCGCUGAUUAAAACCUUCAGCCUCGGUGUGUCUGAAUGAAGGCACAUGUGGCGGUGACGCAGGCGUUACUCAAGCCCCGCCCCUUUACCUGAAAGACGCGCACCUGGAUCCAACGACGCGGAAGUCCGGCUGAGAGAUUCUGACUCCGGUUUGACAUCGCUGUGCACGGAGCAGUGGCGGGUGAAGAUUAAAACUUUUUGGAUAUGAACUUGCAGUAAUUUGAGCAGUAUUCGGUUUGACAGGCAGUGAUGUUACACUCAGGGUGUGUGUCAGGUGAAACUGUACAAUUGACCACACUCUGAGCACUCCAGUUUUGGCCUCAAGAGAAUGACUUUCAUCCGGAGGCUUCUGCGCAGGCGCCUGCACCCGCUGAAGCUGGCCAUCGUGGCGCUGGUGUUCGUGACCUUUCUGUUCCUGAUGCAGAGAGAAGUGGUCAGUCAGAGCCCUCAGGACGAGCCCUGGCUCAGAGGCAUUGUGGAGAAGCGGGAUGGUGUUUUGGGGAUGGUGAUGGGAGCUGUGAAUAACUUCCGGGAUGCAAUGCCGAAGAUGCAGAUUAAAGCUCCUGUGAGGCAGCAGGAAAGCCAGGGCAGUUCAGCUUGUUUAUCAGGGUAUUACACGCCGGCUGAACUCAAACCCGUCUUGGAAAGGCCACCGCAAAACCCCAGUGCCCCGGGUGCUUCUGGGAAGGCUUUUCACACUGACAAUUUGAGCUCAUCGGAGCAAAAAGAAAAGGAGCGAGGAGAGGAGAAGCACUGCUUUAAUCUGUACGCCAGUGAUCGGAUCUCGCUCAGCAGAGACCUCGGGCCGGACACCAGACCUCCAGAAUGCAUCGAACAGACGUUCAGACGCUGUCCACCUCUGCCGACCACCAGCGUGAUCAUCGUCUUCCACAAUGAGGCUUGGAGUACAUUACUGCGCACCGUCUACAGCGUCCUGCACACCUCGCCAGCUCUGUUCCUCAAAGAGAUCAUCCUGGUGGAUGAUGCCAGCGUUGACGAGCAUCUAAAGGAUAAACUGGACGAGUUUCUGAAGCAGCUGCACAUUGUGCGUGUGGUCCGUCAGCAUGAGCGUAAAGGAUUAAUCACUGCGAGGCUCCUUGGGGCCUCUGUGGCCACAGGAGACACUCUCACCUUCCUGGAUGCCCACUGUGAAUGUUUCCACGGAUGGCUCGAGCCGCUGUUGGCCAGGAUAGCAGAGAACUCGAGCGCUGUCGUGAGUCCGGACAUCACCACCAUUGACCUGAACACAUUUGAGUUCAUGAAACCCUCGCCGUACGGACAGCAUCAUAACAGGGGGAACUUCGACUGGGGUCUUUCCUUCGGCUGGGAGACUCUUCCUGAUCAUGAGAGGCGUAGACGCAAGGAUGAGACGUACCCUAUUAAGACGCCGACAUUCGCAGGUGGAUUGUUCUCCAUUUCCAGAGAUUAUUUCUACCACAUAGGAAGCUAUGACGAGGAGAUGGAGAUUUGGGGAGGAGAAAACAUUGAGAUGUCCUUCAGAGUGUGGCAGUGUGGCGGACAGCUAGAAAUCAUCCCGUGUUCAGUCGUCGGCCACGUGUUUCGCACUAAGAGUCCACACACUUUCCCUAAAGGCACACAGGUGAUCGCUCGCAACCAGGUGCGUCUGGCCGAGGUCUGGAUGGAUGACUAUAAAGAGAUCUUUUACCGGAGGAACCAGCAGGCCGCUCAAAUCGCAAAAGAGCACUCGUUCGGAGACGUCUCCAGGCGUGUGGAUCUCCGGGAAAGGCUCCAGUGUAAGAGCUUUUCCUGGUAUUUGAAGAACGUUUAUCCAGAGGUCUUCAUGCCUGAUCUCAACCCGUUGCAGUUCGGUGCGAUCAGGAACAUGGGGAAGGAAGCCUGUCUGGACGUGGGUGAGAGUAAUGAGGGAGGGAAGCCUCUCAUCAUGUACCCCUGCCAUGGGAUGGGAGGAAACCAGUAUUUUGAGUACUCCACGCAUCACGAGAUCAGACACAACAUCCAGAAGGAGCUGUGUUUAGAUGGAACUGAUGGAGCGAUGGUCCGCUUAGAGGAGUGUCAGUAUAAAGGCCACAACACCAUCACAAGCCCGCAGCAGAAGUGGGAGCUCCGGGAGGAUCAGCUGUUCUAUAACAAGGCCUCAAAGCAGUGUCUGAGCGCUCGACCCGAGAACCCCUCACUAGUGCCCUGCAAUCCAGACGACAAAUACCAGCUCUGGCUCUUCACUUGAAUGAGACACACACACACACAAACACACACACACACACACACACACAUUCACACACGCACACACACACGCACACCCACACACACAGGGUCCAAAAUUAACUCUCUGCAAUAGCUGCCAAUGUCAGAAUUAACUCAAGUCAAAUUUAGGUGCCAUAUAUGUUUCUUACCCUCCAUGAAACUAUUUAGCUAUUUAUUUUUUAUAAAAUACAUUUUUAUUUAUUUGACAGUGAAUGCUGCAUAUUUUCAAUGCAGCUCAUGUUCCAAAACCUGGUGAUGUGCCUUACUUCUUGUCUGCUUUCUUUUAAAAAAAACAUCCUGAUGGACAUUGGACCACAUUAGUGCUUGAUUCGUAGUGCUCUUUAUGUACAGUGACUUAAUACGCUUAAUUCACGUGGCUGCCAUGCUGUGGUAAGAAACAUGGAAGUAUAGGAUCAGUCAAAGCAAUCGCACAGCAA